AUGCUUUCUAUGAUUAUUGGGUCUGCCGCAGGAUUUCUCAUUGUUGACCGCUGCCACAACAGCAGGGAUCUGGAUGUCCCGUGUACUGAAAGACUCACUGCAGCGGUCGUUAAUAUAUCACCUUUGGUUAUCCGUGUGCCGGAGGUCUUAAUUGUGCAUCGAGCUAUGAUGACACCUAUCAGGUUGCCAUACUUCGACGCUCUUUAUUCUAUACGCAAUCUAUUUACGCCGACAGAACGCCAGCGGCCGUGGAGGCUGUACCUCACCCCCGGAUUAUUCCCUGCUGUUGCUCUUUCUACUGCUUACUAUGCCUAUGUACCCCGCAUCUCCCGCGCGUGGCUCAUGGAUAUGGGCGCUAAUGGGGGAAAUUCACCGAAUCAGACCUUCUCUCGCUUUUUGGCUCAUGCCAUCGUUGCGGUGUUAACCACGGCGAUCAUGACGCCUAUUGAAGUCAUUAUUGUUAGGUUGUCUAUGCAGUACCAUAAUGCAGCGGCACCUGUGUUUACAACUGCAGUCGCGCAAGAAUCAGGCGACCAUAGGCCAGAAGCCGUUGUUUAUGGAGAGGAUAAUGUUAUUCAAAUGAGGAAAUGCAGAGACCCUUACACAGGUCUUUUGGAUUGCGCGAAACGCAUCGUUGUUGAAGAGGGGUGGUCAACGUUGUAUUUGGGAUGGUGGAUUACGAUGCUGUUCAGUAUUCUCUAA